AUCUGAUUGGCUGCUUAAAGCUUGUUUGGAGCUCGUACCUCAGACAUUUUGUUGUCAGAACACAGCAACAGACUUGAAGUUAAGAUGACUCUGUUUGUGAUCCUGCUGAUCGUAUUCACCGGAGCUACAUCUGCAACAACGCCUCUCCAUGACUUCCACUACAUCUAUUCGUGCUUUCAAUCAGGGGAAGUGCGGGUGGAUGCCCUUGUUGACGGGGAUGUGGCCGCGUAUGCUGAUUUCAGCAAGGAUGAAAUGGUGAUUGCGAUACCUCACGUGCCACAGUCUGCAGAAGAGAUAACGAAAACGGCUUAUGAAUUUGCUAAAGCUAGCAUUGUUCACUGUCACAGCAUUUUAGGUAGAGCACUAAAAGCAGAUCCGGGUGCUAUUCUACGGCAAGAUGCUCCAGAUAUCUCCAUCUACACCCGGUAUGAGGAAGAGGACGGUGUGCUGAACACUCUCUUCUGUUUGGCCAAUCACUUCUACCCCCCCACCAUCAACUUCACAUGGACAAAGAACGGGGUGGAGAUCACCGAGGGGGUGCUGGACCUGCGUUACCUCCACAACAGUGACGGGACAUUCCACAGAAUUUCAACAUUGAUUUUUACCCCUCAGGAGGGAGACGUUUACUCCUGUUUGGUGGAGCAUCAAACCUUACAUCAGCCUCUCAGCAAGAGCUGGGAGCUGGAGAAGAGUCAGAGCAGUUUGAGCCCUGCAGCUUUAUUCUUCAUAGCAAGCCUCGUUUUGUGUCUGAUUGGAAUCGCGACUGGAAUCUUCUUUUUUAACAAGGAGCGAAAGUAGUGCCUUUAUAUACUACUGAGAGAGGCUCAGCCAGCAUGAAGCUAAGCACUCACAUGUUUCUAUAUAGGCUUUACUUCUUCUGUUUGUUGGCAUAUUCAAACACAGAUGCUGACGUUUAAGAGUUUUUCACUGUUUAUUUAACCCCAAACAUUCAGAGUUUCUACACCUGAAUAAUGUUAUUUAUAUUGUUUGUUGUUUAAUAAAGCGUUAAAUCAUUGUUG